CGAACACCUCCACAACAACCUCACGACGAACGAAUGGUACCGCGAAACCUUCCGACGCACACCUCCUGCAGUCUGCAAUUUCCAUGACAGCCCCUUCACCUCCACCCAUACCCGCAUAAACACUAACGUCGAGGCGGGGGUCCGCAUCUCCUCCGCAGCCUGCCAUGGACCACCAGACCCUAGUCUUCUCCUCUGUCUUCCCCGUCCUCUCGCUCUCGCACACAACACCGACACCCGUUGCGACGCCAGACCUCGGCUUCACGGCGCCGGGUACUUCCUUUGGCAGCCCAUACAUCCCACGACAAGCCGAGCUGCACGACAACACACAACACAGAGGCGUCAAGCGCACAAUAGCGUGGAGCUGCGCAACCAGGUUCCUGAGCCUAGACAAGGUCGUACCUGCCGUGCCGCGGAUACUGCAUCGCACACGUGAGGUGGAGGACGCGUUGGUAUACCUGCUCGCUGGCGAGGGCAGAGUUGAAGAUGGCGCAAGGAACGGAGAAGAGGGGCUGGUGGAAUGGUAUACGAAUGAGUGCAGACUACACUUUGCGAACAACGUACGGCCUGUGCUAGAAGAGUUGUGGAGAGACGAAGUGAAGAUUGGGCUGAGCUGGGAUGUGCUUGAUGAGAGCCAGAGGGUGCUGGAGCAGGUGCAGAAUGUGUACCUCGAGCCAUUCAAUGAGCAUGUACUCCCGUUCCUGCAGAGCGGUGCGAACUCAACGAUCAGGCCGUCGAGGCCGUCGAGGCCGCCGAGGCCGAUGAGGCCGACAAGGAGGGAUGAGGAUGGUGCAGCGGGGCACGCGAGUUGGAAGUUCAGAAGAGACAUGCACGCAUUGUUUGCUCAUUGCGUUGCGCCUCAGCGGUUCUCCAAGACGUUGAGCUACGUCUUGUACGAUGCGGGGUGCAGGUUGUUCCGCAUACACACACGACAAGACGGUGUCCAGCCCAGCGCACCCCCAGAGGACAUAACAGAGUUCCGGCAGCGGAUGACCGCGCUUCUCCAGGGUCUGGAGCGCGUUGGGCUUGGUGGUGAGAACGCACAGAAGGCGUUCGCCCAUGCCAUGAACAAGCUGCUCGACUCUUUCAUCAACAGCCACUUCCUGAAGGUCGACUGGUACUCAAAGAAGUCGGUUGUACCGCAAUUGAAGUUGUGGAUUCGUGAUGGGUUUUGCCCACUGGUCGAGCUGGUGCUGGAAUGCUUGCGGUGCGAACAGAGCAGCGUUCUACCGACUGAGGUCACUUCAUGGCAGGAGAUGGCGCUUGGCAGACUGGGGCGGGUGCGGGUCGACAACUUGUUUGACUUUGUCAUCAAUUGGGACAAGAGCUUGGGUGCUUUCUUGGACAUCAAAGACUACCUCAAAGUUGCGGGCGCGAAACAGCAUCUCACAUCCAGCUUCUCGCAGCAGGUCUCGAGACGGUUACUGCACCCGGGUGCGACCACGACGUACAUCCUUAAUGUCUACAUCUCGAUUGUCCGCGCGUUUCAUGAGCUUGAGCCGAAGGGCGUGCUACUUGAGAGGGUUGCACGGCCAAUUCGCAGGUACCUAAAGGAGCGGGAAGACACAGCGAGGAUCAUCAUAUCGAGCUUGCUCACCGACUUGAGCCAUGAGACUGGUAGCAAGUUCUCCUCCAACAGCGAGCUGUCCUACGAAAUCGCCAGCGAGAUGGCAAAGCCACUUGCAAACCUUGGUCAAGAAGCAGACGAAGAGCUGAACUGGAACGACAUGAACUGGCAGCCACUGCCACAAGACGCCUCACCGGAUUACAAGAAGUCGAAGGUAGAGGACGUGAUCUGGUUCCUGCUGACACUCUGGGAGCGCGAUGACUUCAUCAACGAACUCAAGAACAUCCUCGGCGACCACCUCCUACGCUGUCAGGACCCAGAGUACGAGAAGGAGAUUCGACUGCUGGAGCUCAUCAAGAUGCGCCUUGGCGACAACAACCUCCAAGCAUGCGAAGUCAUGCUCCGCGACGUCCUGGACUCAAAACGCAUUAACGCCUCCAUCCACACCGCUACAAUCACAUCACCACCCACACAAGCUUUCUUUACACCCGAGCAACAAUCCAGAAAUCCACAAACACCAGACGGCCGGCACCCACGCACCCCGCAGCCCCGUCGCCCAGCCCAAGCAUCCUCACAUCUCGCCCCCUCUACCCCUGCAGCAGCACUCCCAGGUCCGACGCUCAACGCCCAAAUCCUAUCCUCAUUCUUCUGGCCGCUGCUACGAGACGACGACUUCCGCGUCCCCGCCGAAAUCUCCGCCCUACAAACCCAAUACGGCACAAAUUUCACUCGCAUAAAAGGCAUGCGCAAACUGCGCUGGAUGAACGCAUUAGGCAGCGGCUCCAUCACCCUCUCUUUCGCCGACCGCACAGAAGAUUUCGACAACCUCACGCCUUGGCAAGUCAGUGUCGUGCACGCCUUCCAACCGCAGCCCGGCGAGCAACAUAUUGCGGCGAAGCACACAAAAUCUGGGGAAGGGAUAAGUAGGAAUGUGAGCCAGCUGGAAGACAUGCUCGAUAUGGAUGAGAGUCUCGUCCGACAAGCAGCUGCGUUCUGGGUUGGGAAGUCAGUCCUGAGAGAGACGGGAUCGGACACAUACGCCGUCAUCGAGACACUGCCCACGUCCGACAAGAAGUCCAAGGCAGACGAAGACGCGGCGGCCGCGGCGGCGGAACUAGCAGCUGUAGAAGCCGCGCAGCAACCCACUGCUGUGCGGAGUCAGCAGGACUUGCUAAACGAGAAGAAGGAUGUGUAUGCUGCAUUUAUUAUCGGGAUGUUGACGGCGCAGGGCAACAUGCCGGUCAAGAGGAUUCUAAUGAUGAUGCGCAUGAUGGUCGUUGGUGGUUUUCCGUUUGGUGAGGAGGAGGUUGGGGGGUUGUUGCUGGAGAUGGAGGGUGAGGGGAAAGUGAUUGGGUUUGGGGGGGAUGUGUGGGGUGUGAAGAAGUAG